AUGGGUCAUGACAGCAACGGCGGCAUCAAAUUACAACCAGCAAAUGUCACGCUUGACUUGUCUAAACAAGGUCAUAGUAGAAAAUUGCUUCUAUGCAAAGUAUUAGAAUAUUUGACAGUAAAGGAAGUGCUAUCAACGAUUAUCCAUACAAGUUGUUUUCAACAAAAUAAUCGAAAAACCCUAGCUCGAAGGUAUUUGCAUGAUCUUCAAUUAUGGGCACUCAAUAAGAAAAUUACUGAUGACGAAAAGCAAAAUGUAUGGACCAAUUGUUUUUGGUUUAGAUUUUAUUUUCAAAAGAGAACCAUGUUAGAGUUAAUUUAUAAGAAAGAAGAAUCUUCAUUCAAUCUUAUCCAUCUCAUGAAACACGCAUUGCAACAUUAUGAACGUUCAUUCCAACAUGAUGACCUUAAUCAAUUAACAUUUUUAGCAAAUUUAGAGAAAUUCAAACCUCAAUUGCAACAAGGAUUUGUCCACUCAUGGCUCAACAGUCCAUAUCUCUACACUGAAAAGCACAUUCGAAAAGGUAUUAAGAAAUGGAUCAUGAAACAUGCCAUUCCAACCUUUUUCAAAGUUCUUCCUCUCAACACCAUCAUCCCAUCAUUGUGA